AUGGACAACUUUGCCCUGGUGAUCUCCAACGUGAAGGGCUGCAGCACGAUGGGCAACGCGGUGAUGGUCGAGAGGGGCCACCCGCUGGUGGCCCCGGCGCAGCGCCCCCGCCGGCGCAGGCUGAGGACCGCGACGCCGAGCAGGUCAAUGGUGGAGUUCCUCGGGGCGUCGGUGAAGUUGCUGCGCGACGGCGCGCAGCUCUACGCGAACGGGCGGACGAACCUGACCAUGAUGUUCAACGUUCUAAUGUGCUAUUCUGCUGGUCCGGCGCUUCUGGUGACGAGGCAGCCGCUUUGCGACAAGCUCGGCUCGAACGGGUGCGCGAGGAUGCGAACUGGCGCUGGUGAGAUCUUCGCAGCCAUCGAGGCCGUCAGGCCUCGGCCGCUGGUGCUGGUGCCUCGCACCGCCCUGUGUGAGCUCUGGCGGACCUUCUGGGCCAUGGCCUCGGAGUUCUCACAGAAACAGCUGGCAGUCGAGUGGGUGCACUCGCAUCCCAGCCUGCGCCAGCAGGUCAAUGUUGGCAGUGGUAUACCAGCGUUCCUCAGGGACAGCCUAGUCAACCAGAUGGGGCACAAGUUAGUGGCGGUCAACCAGAGGGACGAUCUGAGCGACAUGAAGUGCAAGGCGACGGGUGAGGCCUGUUGCGGAGACGGCGAUCGCAAUGGCUGCAAGUUCGCGAACGACGACAGCACCCCCAUGGGCCAAGCGGACUCGUGCGACAAUGGCCAUUCACGAGAGUACGCAGCACAGCGAGCUCGGGAACGCAAGGAGCUGCAUGACGCCGUCGGCUCCGAUGGCCACGCGACCGCGGAGCUCGACGACCUGGACGACCUGGACCUGCGGCUCGACGGGCUGCGGCUCUUCUCGACCAUCGACGACUGGAAGGUGGAGUUUGAGGUGACCCCGGGUGAGCGGCGCUUGAAGAGCAUGAUGGACAUGAUGUUCGGCAGCGCGAGCUCGACCUUCAAGAAGUACGCCCAGGCCGACGCGUUCUGGGAGAAGAUCCGCAAGGUCGGCAAGAAGUUCAACCUGGAUCUUCCGCCGUUCUCGCAGGUGAUCGAUUCCGUGGACAUGGAGACGUUGAUGCGGUGCGUCAUGUCCACCUCGGUUGCGCCCACGCCCUCGCACAUGCAGCAGUGCGGGAUGGAGUUCGUGACUGCUGCGCAACAAGUGAUGGACGUCUGCUUCGGGAAGAACGGUCUCAACAAGGUGGAGUCCCGCAUCGACCAGAAGUUACGCUAG